GCCGCCCUGAGGUGCGGGCUGCGGGCGGACUGUUAAACCGCGGCGGCAGCGGCGGCAGCCAGGACAGGAGCCGGCGCGCUCUGGAGACAGUCAGCAGCGCCCUGGGUGGGGGAGGCGGGCGGGCAGCUAGAGAUCACUUCAGCAGCCCCCACCACGGCCGGACCAAAGGUGCGGCGGCGGAGGGGAGCCAGGGCGCCCCAGCAGGUUUCCAGUUACUAUCUGCAGGACUCGCCAUGACCCCAGCUCUGAGGGAGGCAACAACAAAGGGUAUCUGCUUUUCAUCUUUACCAAGUACCAUGGAGUCUGACAAGAUGCUACGCAUGGAAGGUCCAAGAACUGUAGAUGAAAAGCUAGAGGGAGACACUUUUUCUCAGAUGCUGGGAUUUCCAACCCCAGAACCUACUGUUAACACUAAUUUUGUGAAUUUAAAACAUUUUGGCUCCCCUCAAUCUUCAAAACAUUAUCAGACAGUUCUUUUAAUGGGUUCUAAUUCUACAUUAAAUAAAUACAAUAAGAAUUAUAAACAAAAGAAAUUAGGAGAACCCAACUGUAGUAAGCUGAAAAACAUACUGUGUAAUGGCAGCCACAUUCAGCUCAGUAAAAUCUGUCAUUCUCGUUCUGAAGAGUUCAUCAAAAAGGAACCUCUGUCAGAUAACACAAGCCAGUGCAUGACGGAUGUAAAACUUAUUUCAGAUUCAAAUAUAACCAAAGACAUUAAUGUAGAUAAAGUCCAACUACAAAACUGUAAAUCAUACCAGAAGAAUGCACUUUUGGAUAAAGUUACUGAUACCGAGAUUAAAAGGGGUUUGUUGGACUCUGCUCAAAAGAAAAUUGGUCCUGGCCAUUCAAAUGUGCCUAUUAGUUCCUCAGCUGCUGAAAAAGAGGAGGAAGUGAAUGCUCGUUUACUAAACUGUGUAAGCAAACAGAAGAUUUUACUUAACCAGGCUAGAAGAACUCAGAAACAUUUGCAGAUGCUCCUGGCAAAGCAUGUUGUUAAGCACUAUGGUCAGCAAAUGAAAUUUUCUGUGAAACAUCAGCUCCCCAAAAUGAAGAUCUUUCAUGAACCUACUACAGUUUUGAAUAACGGUUUACCUAAAUGCACUGAAAUUAAGCCAGACAUCAACUUACUGACUGCAGAGAAUAAAUUGUGGAAUGAAACAAAAAAUGGCUUUGCACAGUGUACAGCUGCAGAAAUCCAAAGAUUUGCACUGUCUGCUACAGGGCUGCUAUCUCAUGUUGAAGAGGGUCUGGAUUCUGAUGCAACGGAUAGCAGCUCUGAUGACGAUUUGGAAGAGUAUACCAUUAGAAAAAAUGUGGCAGUAGAAGAGAGGAAAGGAGAGAGAAACAUUGAUAAAAGAGAGAAGCAUCGAGCAGUUGCCUCCUGUAUGCACCUGGAUCAGAGAUUGAAGCUACAACCUAGUAACUGUAGUACUGAAUGGAAGUGGCUUGUAGACAGAGCAAGAGUUGGCAGCCGGUGGACGUGGCUUCAAGCCCAGAUUUCAGAGCUAGAAUACAAAAUCCAACAACUAACGGAUGUCCAUAGACAGAUUCGUGCCUCCAAGGGGAUAGUGAUCCUAGAAGAAUGUCAACUUCCAAAAGACACUUUGAAAAAACAGAUACAAUUUGCAGACCAAGCAACUUCAUUAACUAUUGCAAGGAACUCUCAGAUUCCCCAAGAGAGUCAAGACCUUUUACCAGAACAGGAUUUUGAAAUGUCACCAAGUAGCCCUACCCUGCUUCUUCGCAACAUAGAGAAACAGAGUGCACAGUUGACUGAAAUCAUCAACAGUUUGAUUGCCCCUCUCAACUUGUCCCCAACUUCAUCACCCCUCUCCUCCAAAUCCUGUAGCCAUAAAUGUCUGGCCAAUGGCAUUUCCAGGAGUACUUCAGAGAAUUUAGAUGAGCUCUCUUCCUCAAGUAGCUGGUUACUUAACCAGAAGCACAGUAAGAAAAGGAAAAAAGACAGGACAAGAUUGAAAUCUCCAUCCUUGACUCUCAUGAGUACAGCAGCUCGAACAAGGCCACUUCAGAGUUUCCACAAACGAAAACUCUACAGAUUGAGCCCCACUUUUUAUUGGACUCCGCAGACUUUGCCCUCAAAAGAAACAGUGUUUUUAAAUACUACACAAAUGCCUUGUCUGCAGUCAGCUUCAACUUGGAGUACCUGUGAACACAAUUCAAAGUCUCAAAUAUUCAGAGAACAUGUAUCAGAGCUAGAUUCUUCUUUCCACUCUGUUCUAUCAUUGCCAUCAGAUGUGCCUCUCCAUUUUCACUUUGAAACAUUGUUAAGAAAGAAUGAAAUAAAAGUAGACCUUGCCGAAAAUAAAUUUGUAGGAGACUGUAUCCUAUCUCCGUCCCCUGUGCACAACACUUCUCUAAGUCAGUGGAGAAAUGGAUAUUCUCCUAUAUGCAAGCCUCAAAUAAGGUCAGAAUCUUCUGCACAGCUGUUACCGGGAAGAAAGAAAAGACACUUGAGUGAAACAGCACUAGGAGAAAAAACUAGAAGUGAAAAGUUUGCUUUUCAUCACACAGAACCAGGAUCCCCUUGCAAUUUGACUGCUGCUGCUAAUGCCAAUGUUACAUCAGGAACCCAGAAUUCAUCACAAAGCACUGCACGACGGAGGCUGCGGAGUGAGAGUUCUUACGACAUAGAUAAUAUUGUGAUUCCCAUGUCACUAGUGGCCCCAGCUAAGUUAGAGAAACUCCAAUAUAAGGAAAUACUUACUCCAAGCUGGAGGAUGGCUGUUCUUCAGCCUUUGGAUGAAUACGAUGUAUGUGAAGAAGAGAAAGAAGAUCUUUCUGAUGAAGUAUUUUCCCUAAGGCACAAAAAAUAUGAAGCAAGAGAGCAAGCCAGAUGGUCACUGUGGGAGCAAAGCAAGUGGCACCGAAGAAACAGCAGAGCUUACAGUAAACAUGUUGAAGGACAGGACUUCUGUCUGAAAGAAUACCCUAGUGAAUUGAAUGGCGGUCAGUACUGUGUUAUCGAAAGUCCUCAGAGCCAGGAUCUGCAAACACAUGGCUCACCUUCAGUAAAUGAAAAUCAAGAAAUCAAGUCUUUGUGGUGGGAACGACGGGCUUUUCCACUGAAUGAUGAAGACAUAGAAACCUUACUAUGCCAAGAUGGAAAAGACCAGAUUGAAAGAUCAAGCUCAGCUUUCAAUGGUGAAGUCUUCUGUACCAGUGCACCAGAGAACGGCCAACACCCCCAAAAGCAGGCAGACGGAAUGGAAGAGGACAAGACCUUUUCUGUAGGACUUACUCAGGUUAAAAAAAAUAGGUGA